AAUUGUACGAUGCUUCCAGGCGAAAAAUCUUUUAUUUACUCUUUGGCAAGAACCGAAAGAUUGGAUCGCGCCAAACGCGCUUUAUAUCUAUAUUAAGUGAAUCAAGAAAGAAACAAAACAUUAACAUUUUUAAUAACUAUUUAAAGAAGUCUUAGCACAGUGAAAUGUGUUUUAGCCCAAAUUUUAAUUUAGUGCAGCGAACAAUCGAUUUGAAUUAUGCAAAAAAGAAGAGAGCUUCUUCAAUUAAAUGGUUCUUUGUGAAUAUUACAGUGUUUCUUGUAUUUACUUUUGAUUUGACGUGGUCGGGUCCGUGCUCGGGCUCGCUGGCGCGGUACGCCCAGCUGGCGGCGGCGGGCGCGGCGUGCGCGGGCGCGCUGCGGCACGCGCUGCGUCUGCUCCCGCGCCCCGCCACCGCAGCCCCGCCCGCGCGCCUCUCGCGCCGCCAGCUGCGUCUGCUCGGCCUCUCUCCUGCCGACCUGGACUCUUCACUGGUGCUGUCGGAGGGCGAGAGCAGCUCCGCCCUCGCCCCGGCCCCCGUCCCCGCCCCCGCCGCUUCCGCCCUCGCUCCCUGUGAGCUGUCGCUGUCGCUGUCACCGCGGCGGUGGCGCGCUCCCCGCUCGCCGCCGCCCUCGCCGCCGCCCGCCUCGCCGCCCCGCUCGCCGCCCCGCUCGCCGCCUCACUCGCCGCGCGACGCGCCCCGCGACCGCUUCAUCGCCGAUCACCGCUCGCUCGCAGACUAUCUUAAGCAGUACGAGGGGCGGCAGGAGGGCGCGGAGGGUGCCGGUUCUCCGCCGGUGUGCUGGCAGCUCGACAUCGACCCGCAUAAGCUGACUCAGUGGAACCUGAACCUGCGACUGUGGAUCCACAUCACGAUCCUGGAGCGCGUGGUGGGGGCGAUGGCGGCGGCGGACGCGGCGCUGGCGCGGCUGGCGGGCGGCGAGGCGCGGCUGGGGCGGGUGAGCGGGGAGCGGCUGCGGGCGCUGGCGGGCGCGGCGCCGGCGCUGGGGGCGCUGCUGCCGUAUCUGGAGCCGUUCGCGGACCAGCGCUACGUGGUGCGGCGGCUGCGGGAGCUGGCGCGGGCGCCCUGCCUCAGCGAGUACCGCGGCGAGGCGGGCGGCGCCGACUGGCACGCCGGCCAGCCCACCGACGCCGAGAUCAUCCUGCACCUCUUCGCCACCUAUCUGGACGGACAGAUGCUGCAGAGCGGGAACCCGCGCCCCUUCACCUCGCAGUACCUGUACGCGGCGGGGUCGGGGGCGGGGGCGGGGGCCGAGGAGCCGCGGCUGGAGCGCGUGCGCGAGCGGCCGCCGCAGUGGGCGGUGCGGGUGGGCGGGGCGCUGGCGGGCGCGCGGGGCCGCAACAACCUGCUGCACGCGCUGCUGCUGCUGCUGGCCGCCGCCGCGCGCCGCUCCCCGCCCGCGCUGUCCCGCACGCCGCUCGGCCCGGCCGGACUCAACAUGCUGUGGAUCCUCAGCUGACCGCACUCCGUAACGAGGAGGAACUCGAUGCGUCGAUAACAUUUUUUGUGUUAUUUUAAUUCCGCUCGCGAUCGACCGAUUGUGUUCAUUCUUUUUUCAUACGAAAUCAAUACUUGUGAUGAUAAAAAAAAUGCAAGUUUGACUCCGCGUUGACUCCACGUGGCGGCGAAGAUCGCUAGCUGUUAACAUAGCGUACAUGUAAUUUAGGUAUAACAACAUUUUAUGUUUAAAUAAAUGGAAACUAACGCAAUAAAUUGAUUUGACAAGUCGUCGAACUGUAAGAUGAUCUAAUACUAUUUAUCAGUGAGAUGAAAGUAUUUUUAUAAAAAAAUUCCUGAUAUCUGGUCUAUAACAGAUUCAUUUAAGUAACUUUUACCAUGAAUUGUGAUGUUGACUUUACAUAAAAGUUGUAUCUUGUAAUUGUAAAUAAAAAGACUGAAAUGAA